GACCAUGGCCAUUACCUUGCGUAUACUGUGACCCUACAAAGUAUGUCCUCAGCCAGGACCUGGCAACUCGCGGAGAACAGAAAGCGUUCCGUGGGAUGUUCCAAGUAGGCAGCCCCUGCGUGACGUCGCUCCUAGAUUUGCCACUUUUGCCCUCAAGGCAUGUCUUGGGCAUCGCGCUGCUGCAACGCUCGGAUGUUUUCGCGCUGUCCUCGGCUGCCGACGCGCUCAAACAGCUGGGUUUGGAGGCUUCUAGCUUAGCAGGAGCCUUUGUGAUUGUAUCAGAAGCCGGCGGCUUACGUCAGCGCAAGCUCGGGGCCUGCGCAAACGGUGACGCAUCAACCAUUGUCGUUGACUACGACGGCAACUCAAACGUGGCGCUUGCCGUCGAUUCGGUGCUCGACCGCGACCUGACCGAGCAGCAGUGGCGGCAAGUGGAGGCUGACUAUUGCAGUCGGCUGCUGGCUGGACAUGCCGAGCCGGUGACUCUGCGUCAGGUCGCCGGCGCCUUCGCGCGCCUCACCCGCCUGCACCGCUGCUGGCUGCUGCUGCGCAAUGCGGCAGCCCAGGCGCCGGCGCCGGCAACCCCCGCGGGCGGCGGCCCCGUCAGCACCACGCUUACCAUAAAUGAGGCGCUGCACGAGCAGCUGCUGCAGGCGCUGAAACGCCCCGCCUUCAAUGAUUGCAAGUUGUUGGACUGGCUGGACCGCGUGGUGCCGUGGGAUGAGGGACUCACCAUGGAGCUGGCUAGCAGCAGGCUGCAGCAGCUGUGGGCCCCCCAGGACCAACAGCCACAGCAGAAGGACAUAGAGCAUCACGCCACCAAGCAGCAGCAGCAGCAGCAGCAGCAGCAGCAGCAGCAGCAGCAGCAGGGGAGGCGGCAGCAGGACAGGCGACAGCCGGCGUGGCCAGCAUCGGCUGACGAGUCUGGGGACCCAAGCCUCGCCAGGGGGGUCGCACCGCGUACGGCGGCGGGAGCGGGAACGGCAGCGGUCGCCGUGGAGGCUUUGCCGGGGCAGGGCCAGCGGGAUCUGGCAGCGGGCCAGAAGGUGGAGGCUCAGGAGGCGGAGGGCUGGACAGCAACGGGCCAGCAGCGGACGCAGGGCCGAAAGGAGGCGGAGGGCCAGAAAGUGGGCUCGGACGUGCAGCAUCCGCAGCACCUGCUGGGGAGCAUGGCAGCAGACGCGCCCGCGCCGCCAGCCGACCUGAUGCCGCAGCGCCCAGCAGGCCCGCAUGGCACACCGCUGGCGGCGCCGCUGUCCGCCGCAGCGGCCGGUGCACGAGCGCGUGGCUGCGCGCUUUCAGGAGCAGCCGCCAUGCCUGACACUCUUGGCACGGCGGACGGUGCUUUGCUAGCAUCCGGUGUGGGCCCACAGCAGCAGCAGCAGCAGGAGGACCGCCACCGCGGACCAUGGCGCCGCUCGCCCCCCGCAAGCUAUGCAGCAGGCCAGCAGGAUGGGCUUGCAUCUACAGCGGGAGGUCAACAGCUUACGACCGGCUGGUCGGCAUCAGGCCCCUCGGCGGUCGCCGCGGCCGCGCGGCAGCCGCACACAGCCGUCUUGGACCCGCCGCCGAGCCGGGUGUCGGAGCAGAAACGGUCCCGCGAGUGCGCUGCGGAGGCGCGGCAUGAUGACGGCAGCCACCGCUCCCACCGGCGUCGCUCGCGCUCCCCUGCUGGCCGCGGCGGUAGAGGCAGAAACGGGUCGCCCUCGCGUUCACAAUCGCGUUCGCGUUCACGCUCGAGAUUGCACUCGCCAUUGCGCUCGCCUUUGGGCUCCCGACCACCCUCACGCUCACGCUCACGGUCACGGUCACCCUCUCCCGCGCUUGAACACGCACGCGCGCACGCGCACGCCCCGCCGUCGCCGUCGCCGGGUGAGGGGCAGCAGUCGUGGAAAGUGAGGGCGGAGGAGCUGGCCUGGGCUCGGCAGCUCCACGUGUGGCUGCUGAGGCAGCCCAACCGCACAGCAGUGUUGCCUCUGAUACUCAGGAGUAAGAUGGGUGUGCCAGGCUGGCUGCUGUCCACGACUGGGCGGAACCCGUAUUCGUUCUGGAAGGCGCAUCCGGGGCUGUGGGAGCUCCUGCCGGGCGCACCGCCGUCGCUCCGCGCCAGGCCGGCGGCGGCGGCGGCGGCAGCAGCCCACGCCCGGGAGCGCACGGCAGCAGCGCCAGCAGUGGCGGGAGGUGGCAGCAGGUGGCUGCCGGAAGCCGAGCGAGAGUCCACGGCUACGCUGCCGGUGCCGGUUGCGGCGGGAGAGGGGCGGCCGCCAUCGGCGAUGUUGGCGGCGGCUCAGAUGGAGGUCGCCUACAUCCGGCGGUUGUACACAAUGUGUGUCACUGACCACCCAAAGGGCAUUCCGGUCCGGAAUUUUACAAGGUACGGCGUUGAAGUGCCGGUUGCCGUACUUCGCGGCCGCCGCAUGACGGCCUUCCUUAAGUCGUACGAGGACGCGGGGGUGCUUGAGCUGAAUCGGGGGACUUCGCUGCCGGUGGUGGUGCGGGCGGUGGCGGGGCCGAGGGCGGAGGCGGCGCUGCAGGAGGUGUGCCAGCGGUUGCUCAAGCAGCAUGGGAGGCUUUAGGCGGCGCUGACAGCAAUCAGCAGCAACGCACACUUGGGUGAGCCAAGCACGCUGUACGGUAUCAUUCAUGUGGACAUUAUUGGGAGGUAGAAGCGUACGUCACAGGUUCGCAGUUCGUGAUUCAUGUGGUACUGCCCUGUACAUAGUAGCAAGGCAGGAUUUGGCGCCGAGCCUGCACGCUGAAGAGGUUCAAGCUGGUGCGAUGCUAUGUUGCAGUGAUCAGACAUUUGCGAGGCAGGGAUACCGGUAGGCAGUUGUGCAUGAAGGGGCGCUUUAGCAAUGGUGUCCGACCUCCGGUGGCACCCAACAUCAAUAUGUAUGUAUUAUGAUGUAGCAGUGGGGACGCCCUGGCUUAGUCCAUGGCUAUCGUCCCACAUUCAAGCUCUAUCAGCUAACCGCUCUGGCGCUUGGCAACAAUUGGAGUUACAGGCUUUCGGAUGCAUGCGGCGUUGGCCGCGGAGGCGGGUGCGGAGAAAUGCCCAUGUGGGGAUCGGAUGAUUGCUGGGGCUCAGGUCAGGGGCCCCUCCCCUGCAGAGGCUAGGGAUCGUUACUUCUGGGACUGUGUGGUGGCGGAGGCUCUGCGUGACGUGUUGCGGGAGCAUGCGAAUGUGGACAUCACACGGAACCAGUGGUGGUUGGUACAGGCGCCACCGGGACUACCGUAUUGCAGGCGGUGUGGGACAUCGUGUGCUUGGCUGCUGUGGCGGCACUACAAUACGGCCGACAGCGCCUUUAUGCAUGCCGUGAUGCCUCGGAUCGGAGUGCGGAGGUUGCUACUGUUGUUGUGCUAAGGAUCAGUGUGGAAGUG